AUGGGGAUUGGUCUUUGGCUACAGCGUUGUACGCCCGGCGUGUCUUCGCUGGUGAUUAUCUUCCUCCUCGGCUUUAGCAACACGAGGCUUUCCGCAGCAGACGCACAAGAAUCGACCGAUGACACGGGUCUUGGGAGACAGCGACUUACCUUCUCAGAAGGCUUCUUCAUCUUCUACUCAAUCUUUCUUCACAUCGUUAUCUCAGCUCUCCCUCUGCGUACUUUCCGUGGGGCCAGACUAGCUACACAACAGAUACAAGCAGCAUUGGAAGCAUCUCAACAAGAGUCGGAUCAAAAUGAAAAUACUCAGGGUCGCAGCCAUCAGUCAUCUCCGUCUGAGCUAAUCCACGUCUCCAUAAUUCCGUCUUACAAGGAAUCACUUGAAACUUUGCAAGAUACGCUCAAAUUACUUGCAAGCCAUCGACUUGCGAAGAGCACUUAUGAUAUUUUCCUUGCCAUGGAAGAAAGAGAUCCCCAUGCUAUCGAGGUUGCUGAAGCACUAGUCUCCAAAUUUAGUCCUUCGUUUUUGGACAUCCAGUACUGCGCGCACCCCUCAGAUAUACCCGGUGAAAGUCAAGGCAAGAGUGCAAACGUCGCCUGGGCUGCAAGGGCGGUGGAGAGCAAGUACCAGGGCCGGCCUAACUUCCGAGACGUGCUGGUCACAGUCAUGGACAGUGACACUCACCUCCUUGAAACGUAUUACUCGCUGAUCCAACAGCGCCAUUUGGCGCUGCGGCGGCAGUCGGACCUCGCAGCCAUAACCCUAUACUGUGCACCUUUUGUCUUUGACAGAAACCCACAUCUGGUGCCGACACUUGUCCGCGCGGCUGACAUGGGGUGGUCCUGUGCUGGCCUGGCGUGCUACAAACGUCCAGGAGAAUACCACGGCGUAGCCAUCCCUACCUCUGUCUACACGUUACCGCUCGACCUUGCAUCCUCGAUUGGCGGCUGGGACACUGGGCCAGGAGCUAUUGGUGAGGACAUGCACAUGAUGCUCAAGUGCUACUUUGCGACAAACGGCCGCCUCAAUAUUGAAUCCAUUCCAAGUCCCGCGAGCAUGUCCAACGUCACUGGCGGGCCGACAGGCUGGUCUGGCUGGCUUCACAAUCAUAAAGCUCGCUACUUCCAAGGUCUUCGUCACAUGUGGGGAAGCCUGGAUUCAGGCUACGCAGUAGCCAGGUGGUGUCAGAUGGGCGUGUCAUCUCCCGAUGGGAAUACCGGUCACACUUCGACCAAAGACGACACCAAAUCCCGCAGCAGUCUUGGCAUUGAACCGGUUGACGUGUGUGGCAGCAAAGUUCGUUUUGUCUGGCUCAGAAAUGCUGUGCUCUUCCUGCGUCUAUUCGAGGCUCACAUCUUUCCCUUGCACUUUAUGUGCAUUCUCGCCGCCUCCAGCUACUACUCCUCACAUUUGAACACUUCCAAGGCCAGUCCGUAUAUGGAGAUCGUUCUUAAGCUUACAGAAUAUGCGCGGACUGCCAAUGGUGUACUAAUGGCUAUCUGCCUUUUUACUGCAUAUGCAGAUUUCCACAAGGUUUGCGUCCAGGCAAGACAGUGGGAGAUGCGUAAGGCGGGGUUGCAUGACUUCACUUUUCAGUCUUCAACUCGGGAGCGUUGGAGUCUGGGGAGCAUCCUCGAUAUUCUUAGCCUGCCUGUCGCAAGCAUGUUGUUUGGAACUUUGCCAUUGUUGCAGGCGGUGUUUUCGCAUUUCUGGAGCGAUAGGCUGCUGUAUCGGGUGAGUGGAAAGCCCACUAAGAGUCACAGCAGUUGA